AUGGUGUCUGGUCGAGUGCUUUUAUUUUUGUCUAUGUUUAUAGUGAGCUUGUCUUUUGUUUUUGUUUCUCAUCCAUGUAAUGCUCAUCCAUUGAAGAUUUGCAACUUUCAUGAGAUAUAUCAGCUUGGAGAUUCUAUAUCCGACACGGGUAAUUUGAUCCAUGAGAAUCCUAUUGGCGCUGCCACGCCUUUCGCUCACCUUCCCUAUGGCGAAACGUUCUUUAAAAACGCCACGGGUCGUUGCUCCAAUGGCUUGCUUAUGAUAGAUUAUAUAGCAAUGGCAGCGGGGCUUCCGUUUCUCAAUCCCUACAAGAGCACUGAUGAUGCAGACUUUAGACAUGGAGUCAAUUUCGCAGUGGCUGGCUCUACUGCAUUACCAACCGAGAUUCUUGCUAGCGAGAACAUUUUAUCUCCAGUAACUAACAGCUCACUUAGUGUCCAACUUGGUUGGAUGUCUACACAUUUUAAUUCUACUUGCAAAACAAGAGGAGAUUGUGUGGAAAAACUUAAAAACUCGCUCUUUAUGGUUGGAGAAAUUGGAGGGAAUGAUUACAACUAUGCGCUACUUCCAGGCAAAAGCAUCGAAGAAGUAAAGAAAAUUGUUCCCAAUGUUGUCGAAGCUAUAAAGAAUGCUGUUAGACGUGUCAUACAUUAUGGUGCUGUGAGAGUGAUUGUCCCUGGAAACUUUCCGAUAGGUUGUUUUCCAAUCUAUCUUACCAGAUUCCAAACUAACGACACUGCAGUAUAUGAUGAAGAUCAAUGCUUGAAGGAACUAAAUGAUUUUUCCAAAUACCACAAUGAUAAUUUACGACGUGCUAUCAAAGAUUUGAAGAACGAGUUCCCCAAUGUGGUCAUAGUGUAUGGUGAUUACUAUCAUGCAUUCCGCUUUCUUUUCCAAAAUGCUUGGUACCUUGGAUUUGAUGUCAUGUCUCUACAAAAAGCUUGUUGCGGAAUUGGAGGUAACUACAACUUCAGUCUUACGAGGAUGUGUGGAGCUGGUCUUCCGGUUUGCUCUAAUCCCAAUCAACACAUCAGUUGGGAUGGAGUUCACUUGACGCAAGAGGCUUACAAGUUCAUGACUGGAUGGCUUAUUCGUAACAUGUUACACAAGCUUCAGUGCAGUGUUUAA